UCCGUCUCCCCGGGCGGCAGCCGGGCUCCGCCCCGCUCGCGCGGCUGCCUGGCCGGCUGUGACGUCACAGGGCCCCGCCCCUUGCUAUAAAUACUGGCGUCGCCGGCACCACCUUCCCACACUGUCUGGCUCUCCUCGGGGCUGCACUGUUUCCUUUUUUUCCCCCCUUCUGCUGUCGCCUUCUUUGCCUCUUCUCAUUCUUUCUCGCUCUGCUACUCUGCGGUGUGACGAGGCCGAAUCCUCUCCCCACCCAGCCCGCGCCUUUCUUCUUUUGCCCGCGCUGUUCUAUUUCUCUCCUCCGGCCGCCGCCGCCACUGCUGCACAGCUGGUGUCGGUGCCGCGCUUUUCCCCCCACGUCGUUCCCGCAGCCUAUGGCCCAGGCCGCCUUGGGUAUUUCUGCUCAAGGUAACCACAUCCCUCUUUAAAAAUUCCGCCGAAAAAGAGAAGACGCUUUACCCGACUCUUUGGGCCGUUAUCUCACGGCGAACUUUCUGACCAAGUAUACAACUACCCAGAGGGCCUAGGAGAAGUGCUGUAUAGAGAGCAGUUUGACUUCAACGCUGAGCCACCUUGGGAACCUAGCUGAUGAUAGGGGGGUUCCAUCUCCCAACUUGUCCAUGUAGAAUGCAGAGGGGACUUCAACAGCAUUAUCUGUUUUUAAAGCUGUGAGCUGAGCGCUAAUUCAUCAAACGCAUAUGUAAGAAUAAAGGGAGGUCUCCACUUCAGAAAUCCAAGACUCAUAUUCAUCCAGCUUGGUGUCAAGUGGGCUGUUGCUGCCAGAAUUAUCUUGUGAUUAUUUGAGAGAUGUAUCAGUUUCUUCUGAAGUACAAUCAACUGUAGAAGCCUUUGUAGCAGUUUGUUGCAUAUUCUAAGGACCCAGACAUAGGCUUGGUGGCCCGUCUCUUGUUUUUCCUGGUUUAUGACUUUCGGCUUUGUGGAAUACGGCUGAGAUGAAAGGAUUUAUUGAUGAUGCAAACUACUCCGUUGGCCUGUUGGAUGAAGGAACAAACCUUGGAAAUGUUAUUGAUAACUAUGUUUAUGAACAUACCCUGACAGGAAAAAAUGCAUUUUUUGUGGGAGAUCUUGGAAAAAUUGUGAAGAAACACAGUCAGUGGCAGAAUGUAGUGGCUCAGAUAAAGCCAUUCUACACAGUGAAAUGCAACUCUGCUCCAGCUGUACUUGAGAUUUUGGCAGCCCUUGGAACUGGAUUUGCUUGUUCCAAUAAAAAUGAAAUGGCUUUAGUGCAAGAAUUGGGUGUAUCUCCAGAAAAUAUUAUUUACAUAAGUCCCUGCAAGCAAGUGUCUCAGAUAAAGUAUGCAGCGAAGGUUGGAGUGAAUAUCAUGACAUGUGACAAUGAAAUUGAAUUGAAGAAGAUUGCACGUAACCACCCAAAUGCCAAGGUCUUACUACAUAUUGCAACAGAAGAUAAUAUUGGAGGCGAAGAGGGUAACAUGAAGUUUGGUACUACACUGAAGAACUGUAGGCAUCUCUUGGAAUGUGCCAAGGAACUUGAUGUCCAAAUAAUUGGGGUUAAAUUUCAUGUUUCAAGUGCUUGCAAAGAGUCUCAAGCAUAUGUUCAUGCUCUGUCUGAUGCUCGAUGUGUGUUUGACAUGGCUGGAGAAUUUGGCUUUACAAUGAACAUGUUAGACAUUGGUGGAGGCUUCACAGGAACCGAAUUUCAAUUGGAAGAGGUUAAUCAUGUUAUCAGCCCUCUGUUGGAUAUCUACUUUCCUGAAGGAUCUGGCAUUAAGAUAAUUUCAGAACCUGGAAGCUACUAUGUGUCUUCUGCAUUUACACUUGCAGUUAAUAUCAUAGCAAAGAAAGUUGUUGAAAAUGAUAAAUUUUCCUCUGGAGUAGAAAAAACCGGAAGUGAUGAACCAGCCUUCAUGUAUUAUAUGAAUGAUGGUGUUUAUGGUUCUUUUGCAAGUAAACUGUCUGAGGACUUAAAUACCAUUCCAGAGGUUCACAAGAAAUACAAGGAAGAUGAGCCUCUGUUUACAAGCAGCCUUUGGGGUCCAUCCUGUGAUGAGCUUGAUCAAAUUGUGGAAAGCUGUCUUCUUCCUGAGCUGAAUGUGGGAGAUUGGCUUAUCUUUGAAAACAUGGGAGCAGAUUCUUUCCAUGAACCAUCUGCUUUUAAUGAUUUUCAAAGGCCAGCUGUUUAUUACAUGAUGUCAUUCAGUGAUUGGUAUGAGAUGCAAGAUGCUGGAGUUACUUCAGACACAAUGAUGAAGAACUUCUUCUUUGUGCCUUCUUGCAUUCAGCUGAGCCAAGAAGACAGCUUUUCCACUGAAGCUUAAACAGGCAUUAACGCUUCUUUAGAUCUGAAGUUGCAGGUUAAGUUUGUCUGGUCAACAUUCCAGUGUGGAAAAAAUUCAAACAAUCUUACUCUGUUAAUUCUCUUGGAAUCAGAACUGUUAAUAAUAGCUAUUUGGGACCAGACAAAAUCAGCUUUCAUCUAUAAUUCAUUGGGGGUAAUGGGAGAUUUAGAUAAUGUAUCCAGAUUUAAACUUAACAGUUUGUCCUACCCCUUAAGCGUUUAAAAUAAAAUAUGCAACAAAAUGGAUGACUUAGUGGAGAUGGAAGCCCAUUAAUUGGGUUCCCCAUUAAACCGUUUACAUACAAGUACACAGUUUUUAUACUAAGGAUUCGUGUUAAAAAGUCUUGUAAAGUUAAUGUCUUUCACCCAGAUAUAUCAAAUUUUGUCAGUGGAAGACCAGUGUGACUUCAUUAGAUAUGUUUAGUGUAUUUAGAAUGUGUAAAUUUGUGCUUUGAACUGUAGUUUAAUAAAUGUAAAAUUGCAUCAUAGUAUUUGUUGUAUUUGACCUAAUGUAACCCUUGUAUGAUUGCAAUAAAAUUUUGUGUAGAUUUUACUGUUUUUUCAGGCUAAAACUUUGGGAAAGGGGCUAGCUAGCAAAGGUAGGUUUGAAAUAGAUGUGUAUUUGGACUGUUUUGAAGGUUAUUUUUCUUUAUAGCCCAUUUAAGUUUAGUUUGGCUCAGUGCAUUUUUCAGUUAUUUAAUUAGUAAUUUAAGUAAAGUGUUUGGUAAAUCAUUGUGAAGUUCAGAUUCAUUAUGGAGAGUUGAUGUGCAGUAAGCAUGAUGUUUAACAAUUUUAACACCAAAAAUGUUAAUCCUGCAUAAACCAAUUGUAAUAAUUAGUAGGUGUUUCUGUAUAGAUAGAUGCGUAGAGUACCUUAGUAAAUCUUUGAAUCACAAAUCUUUCGGCUGAAAUGGAAGAUUCUAUUAAAUACUUUGAAGAAACUUGGGGGAGGGAAAUAAAAUUGCAGAAAACUGCAGAGCACUAAAACUUAAGAGAAGGGCUACAUGUUUAUUCAGAAACCUGAUGCUCUUUUGCACGGAAUAUUUAAAUUCAGAGUUGAGGGUUUGGGGUGAAGCACACUUAUUUUCUUCAAUUUCUCAAUUGCAGUGAUUUCAAAUUUUGGUCUUUAUGGUUGGUUUGAACAAUUCCCUUAGUUUCUUUUUCCAAUUUGUUCAGCUUAAUAAUUUUAAUUCUUUUCAUACUAAAAUUUUAUGGUGGUUGGGGAAGGGAGUUAGCAUCACUAACCUGACAAUUGUUGCCAGGAAUUUGCUUUGUUCACUGCUAGUAUAUUAGUAAUCCUAGAUCUCAGAAUCACAAUAGUAAUAAAAUAAACACAGGGGUCAUUUUUUUCCUAACUUACUCUAUGUUCAGAUGUGGAAUUUCUGUCUCCCAAGAGGAAAUGUGACUUCACUUUGGUGCCAAUGGACAGAAAAUUCUACCUGUGCUACAUAGGAGAAGUUUGGAAUGCACUUAAUAACUGGUUUUUAACACCUUGAUUUCAAGGUGGAAAGAAAUUGAUCAUGAAUCUCUAGUAAAUUUUAAUCUCUUAAACCAGUAGGUGCUUAAUAUUUUGUUGAUUUGAUUAAUGCCCAUUUGAAUUUCAUGGGUUCUAUUAAUUAAAAAAGUUCAGGAUCCCAAUCCAUUGUCAUCUAAUUGCCCUUGGACUUUUCCAAGGUAUACUGUGGGAUUUUAUGCAAAAUUCCAAGCUACCAUGCAACUUUUUUUUAAAACCGUACAAGGAGGAGGAAUUGUUUCCUACCUUCUUUACAUGUUGUGCGUUGUUGUGGUCCAGAAAUGCCAAACCUUUUAAAAGAUGGUGCAACUUUGAGUCCUUGGCUUAACUAUACAGCCUUGAACUUCGUGGCAUAUCAGUUUUGCCAUAUCCAUAGGAGAGCUGUUCUAUGUGAAACAGCUCAAGAGUUGCAAAUAUCACAUGUGAAUAAUAUGGUAACUUUAAGACAUGUCUGUAUUGUAUAUGAAGACUGUUUGCCAUAAAUCUGAAGUUUGAACCUAUGUAUUUCAAUUUGGUAUGCUAAAAAAAUACUGAAUUAAUGUAAAUUUUUUUGUUACAAUAUUGUAAUCUCAGUUCAAAAUUUAACUGAAAAUAUAAAACCCAAAUGAUUUCUAUAUAGUAAAUUGAACUGUAAAGGUAACUCGUGUGUGAUUCUGAAUACAUAGAUAAAAUGUUUGUAUUCCUC